AUGAAUACCAAUCAUGAUCAUCAUCAACAGCAACUACAAAUAGGACAACAAGUACCAGAACAAGAAAAGGAACUACUACUACUACUAUUAUUACAAGAGCAGGUAAUGCAACAACAAUCGCAACAGCAACAGCAACAGCAACAGCAACAGCAACAGCAACAGCAACAGCAACAACAACAACAAGAUUAUAUUCCAAUCACUUUACAUCAACAUAACAUAGAUCGACGUUUAUAUUUACCUAGUUUUCCAUUUAUAAAAUCAUAUCAUAUCCAUCAAAUACCUUUAUUAUUAGCAAACGUGUCAACAAACCUCUUGAGUACAAGUGAUUUAAAUCGUCGGUAUGCUAUGUAUUAUGAUGGUCCGUUUAUUCCAGUAAUUAUGAGCGAUCAAAUGGAGUCAUUUAUGAGUGAUUUUCUCAAGCGAAAUUUUACUGAUUUAAUGGAACGUUUAAAAAUUAAUAGAUCAUUAGUUGAUUUUAAUCUGAAACGUUUUGAAAAUGUCAUAGAACGAUUUGAACUUAUAAAAAAAAUAUUUGAUCGACGCUAUGUUCAAUUGAACAAUAAUAAUACUGCUGAAUACUCACAACAACAACAACAACAACAAGUUCAUUCAACAGAUAAUCUACUAACACUUGAUUACAAACAAUUAAGUAUAGGUUUAGAAUUCUACUUACAAAUCGAUGUUGAUCUUUUCUAUAUGAAAACAUGUUCAUUUCGUGGUGCAUCUCCACGUUCAUUUGAUGAAGGUCUAUUCUGUAAAUCAAAUUUACCACUCAUGCGUUAUAGUUUUCAACCAUGUCAAGAUAUAAUUUGUUCAUUAUGUGAAACAUCAUCAUCACCUAUCGAAUUUAAUUCAGAUCGACCACAUCGUUUUCUCAAUGCUUAUCAUGCUAUAUUAAAUUGUCCAGCAUCAUGUCUGACAACAAAUAUAAUUUAUGCGUUGACGUGUCCAUGUGGUGAAUAUGAUUUUGUUGGAUCAACACCUUCAACUGUAGCUGAAGUAAUUACAUGUAUUCGAGAAAAAGGUAAUCGAUUUAUGCAUGAUACAUUAACAUCAUCAUCAUCGUUUCAUAAUUUACAACAUGAUAAAGAUCAUUUUCUAUAUGAUGAAAGAGAAAAAUUUCGUUUAUAUCAACAUUCAACUCGUUGUGUGAAAGCCAUUCAAUUAUUUCUAAAUAUGAAUCCUCAGUAUGAUUGUUUUAUUCCCAUGACAUAUGAACAAGCUAUAAUCGAUGAUAAAAUUAAUACUCAUCAACGACUACCGAUAGAUAAUACUAUCGAAUUAUUUGUUCAACAUGUACCCAUACCACCAAAUGGUUAUACAUUUUCCAAUUUACAACGACAGCAACAACGACAAUUUUUUCAAAAUUUUAAUUCAAUGAAGGAUCCUGAAAAUUUAUGGACCUCCGUCGAUGUCUAUUAUGCUAAAAUUAUAGCCGUUUUACCAGAAAACUUUUCAACAUUAUUACGCAAUGUACUUGUAUGUCUUUUUGCGUCACAUGCUGAAACAAAAUUAAAUAUGUUUAAUUUACAUACCACCGAUACUGAACAAUUCUAUGGACUACCUUAUCAUCGCCUAUGGUGUGAAGAUAUAAAACGACCAACAUUGAUUUCUUCUUAG